GCAGGUGGCGCUUAAAGUAGUGUCCAAUCUCUUGCUCUCUGAUUUGCUGUUGAUCGCGGAGCGCCAGUUGCAAAAUUAAAUAAUCUACAUACUCUACAAUCCAUUAAGAAAUUUAAUUACUUCAGCUUACUUUGAGAAAAUAUGGCUACCAACAAUGCAAAUAGUCGCCCAAUAUCUACUUAUCCUAUUCCUGCAUCUAUUCAGACCAAGUUAAACAAAGCCGGCUUUCUUACUACAGGUUCAGUUCUAAACUUACGACCUUCGGAGCUCUCAUCUAGUGCAGAGAUAUCUGUUGAAGAUGCUGCAGAUGUGUUAGAUCUCGUGGGGAAACCAAUGGGAAAGUUUCUUGACACAAAAACUGCAUUAGAAAUUCUAAGAGAAGAGCAACUUCUUCAUCCUAUUGUAACUUUGAGUCAAAAUGUUGAUGAAAUACUAUGUGGAGGUGUGCCUCUGUCUAAAGUAACAGAAAUUUCUGGAAUUGCCGGUGUUGGGAAAACUCAGCUCUGUCUGCAAUUGUGUGUUACUGUUCAAAUACCAGAAGAAUGUGGAGGAAUACAGGGUCAAGCCAUCUUCAUUGAUACUGAAGGAAGCUUUAAUGCUUCUAGACUUGAAGAUAUGAGUCAGGCUUGUGUAGAACAUUGUAGGAAGACUAUGAAUUUACCAGUUGACGCCUGGAAUUUGGCAUCCAUAAGAGAAAAUAUUUACGUAUACCGAUGUAAGGAAGUGACUGAUCUUUUGUCCUGCGUAAUGAUACUCAAAGAGUUUCUUAAAUCACAUCGCCAGGUGAAGUUGAUUGUAAUAGACAGCUUAGCCUUUCACUUUCGUCAUGAUCUGGAAAAUACGGCUUUACGGAGUCGCGUGCUUCAUAAGAUUGCUGCCGAACUCAGCAGAAUGGCUGUUGAUUUUGGAACCGCUGUAGUUGUAACGAAUCAAAUGACAACCAAAUUUGAUUCCAAAGGACAAGGGCGUUUAACUCCUGCUUUGGGAACAUCCUGGGGACACGCUCCUACUUUACGACUUAUCUUAGAUUGGGAUCCAUCACGAAGUUUCAGAUGGGCAACUUUAAUAAAGUCUUCUUCUCUACCAUCUGGUUCAGCACCUUACCAGGUAACAAAGGAUGGUAUUCGGGAUGUCUUCUUCGAAAAGGAAAUAGUAACGCCCCCCGUUGUCAUUGUUGAGGAUGGUAUUCCUGGAAUAUGUUUCAAUACCAUCGUCUAAAGUGGGUUCGUUCAUUAUUCAAUUUUUACCGCACAGUAACAAUUCAUUAUGGUCAUUUACCCCCAUAAUUGACCGGAUUAAUUUAUUGCCGUUGCACAUUUAUUUGUUGAUGUACAUAUUUAAAUAUUUCUGUUGCAAGGAACAAACUGUGAAACAAUAAAAAUAAAACAGAACGCA